AUGGCCAAUCGAGCCGCUGGUGUCCUCCGUUGGGGCAACGAGGAGCGGCUGAAGGUCUCUCAAUACCUUGAAGCUGGCAACAUUGACCCCACUCGCAUGAACUCUGCCACGUACCUUGCUCAUCUCAAGACUCUAGAGGCUGUUUGGGACCGACACUCAAACAAGAAUUUCUAUCAAAAUGUUCGUCGUGCAGUGCAGGCUUGGCAGGCCGAAGGCACUGGAGGGCAGCGCCGAAAUGACCAGAAUGCUCCACCACCACCGGCGCAGGCUCCAGCUCGUGAACCGGAAGUUGAUUGGGGUGACCUCCACGGUCCUUCCUGGUUGGAUCAGCAACAGCAACGAACCGCAGCGGAGCAAGGAGCUACCUCACCACCGCACAACCGCGACAUCGAAGAGCUUUUGGGAAGUUUGUCUUUGGGAGCUUCCUCCAUCAUGUUGCGUCAUGUUUACACCUGGCGUGAAGGUAUCGGCCGCGAUGUGGACCCUCGUGGUGUGAUUGAAGCAUCUCCCAACCUCAAACGCUGCAGUGUUGAUAUUCUACUUCCCGGACCGACCAACCGUGAUCAGAUUGAGUGCUCCGUCAUGCAGCCCCCCAGCCAGAAGAAGGUCAAAAUCAAGUACACACCUCCAAACACUUUCUUCUCCGCUCGUCGCACUGCCGUACGCACGGCCAUGCGCACUGGAGUCCCAGCUGCUGGUAUUGAUAUUGCCGCGAAUCGUAUGUCCGCUAUGACUCGUGUGACUGCUCAUGAGGAAUCCUUGCAGGCGCUCACUAUGAAGGAACGUGUUCAUGAGUUCACCAUUGAUUUACCCUUUGAAGUGGAGCCUGACUUCACAACCCGUGAUGACUGGGGUGCUCUUGGACGCGCCCGUGGUGUGCAGAUUGGAAUGUAUCGCCAUGAUGACCCUCGCUUCGUCCAUCACAAUCAGGUGGUCUGGAUUCUCCAUCUUGAGAUGGUAUCUCGCGAACGAACCGUCCACACACCCAGCCGUCCGGUUGACGAUUUUGCUGAGUGCUUUGGAUUCGCCUAG